GGAUCCAGUGCCCAUGGCGCGGCCAAGCGUGGAAACGCAAGCAGUCCGCCGGCGCGCCCUCUCCGCGGCCUGUCCAGCAGGACGACCGCAUCAUGGGCUUCCCACGAAAUCAUAUGCCCACGCCGGCGACUGCCAUCUGACCCGCCCGUGUCGUUUAGAUGGCUCGCAGCGCGGUGCUGGCCCGAAGCGUGUCAAGCCUGCUGGGGCGCCGCGGCCUCGUCGCCAGCCUCCGCCUCAGCAGCCGCCGCCCUGCCUCAUUGGCCGUCGCCGGGGCUGCGCGGAUUGUCGUGCGCGUCGCCGGCCUCGUUGCUCACAGCCAGCUCACGGCGCACACAUGCCCUACUAGAAGCUCAUCACCACAGUAGCGUAGAGCAUCGCCCGCAGGUGGGUCGGCACGCCUGCCUGCCAGAGCCCGCGCUCCUUGCCUCCAGCCCGCGGCACGGCCAAGCCCUUCGCAGCGCGCAACAUGAUGAGCACACUCUUCGUGUCCAACCGCGACUAGCACUCUCCACACAGCACCGAGCGGGCAUGUGGUGAGCUGCCCGGACGGCCAUGUCCAGUCCAGUCCAGUCCAGUCCAGUCCAGCGCCAGCAGCGGGCGGUCUGGAAUGGCAUUUCGCGUGCGUCUUGCCGUCCAUGCCGUGUGUUUGAUUUGCUGCCGAAGCCCUGUUGCGCCCGUGGAUCCUCUGCGCUGUGUUCACAGGCGGCCCAGAAUGGCUCAAGCGAACCGCACGUCUGAGUCUGAGCCGUAGGUAAGGUAUCAGAUUCGAUACGAGCAGCAAAGCCGCCGUGGUAAUAUCGUCUUACCCUAA